UGUUAAUAUUGUUAUGUUUUAUUGCACAUUGGAAUAUUUGCUCCUUUACACUUUUAGUACCCCCUUUCUUCAAAACAUAUUUUAGUUACAACACAUAACAAUGGUAUUGCCUUAGUUGUUUACAAUGAGGGAAGCGCAGGAGAGGCAUAUUAAGAUAUUGCAUAUUUGCAUUGAAAUGGUGGAAAAUUAUUUGUGGAUUUCUUUAAUGCGUAUUUCCGUAAUCAGAUGUAAUCAGAUUUGGUAAAAUGUAUUGGAUGUGAUAUUGCAUGCUUUACAGGGCAAUUCUGGCAUUUCUUACUGUAAAUUGUCUAUGCUAAUUUAAGUCCUACGCUUUGGUUUGGCAUGGUUAUAAUGAAAGGUACGUGUCCUGCAAGUGUUUGUCCAGUGUUUGGAUGUUAUUUUCAAUGGCAGUUAACAUAGGAGAACUGACAAUACGUGAUGGCCGUGCGAUCAGAGCCAGAUCAGGUUUGAUGUGGUUCAAACAGAGAGCAAAAAUAGCUCAAAAUGAUUUCUAUGUCCAGGCAAAUUGCAGAAAACAACCGUUUUCAUAAUUUCACUCAUGAAAUGAAGAACAAGUGGCAUUGUGCAUACGCAGGUGCAAUGUGAGAGAUGGGUGUUUUCUGUUGUUUGUGUCAUAAGCGAGUAUUUAUCAGAUUUCACUGAUGCACAAGUCAUGUACUUUUAUGCAGGCUUGUCCGUCUGCAGAGCAGCGUCUCGUCAGUGCACUGUUUCCUUUACCAACCAUUGUACUGUUGGCUGUGAAACAUUACAGUUUCUACUGUUGUGUUGGCAGUUUUUUAUUUCCAUGUUCAUCUCUUUAGUAGGUUUCAUCAUAUUUUUUUAACUCCAAAAAAUGAUAUUGACGUCACUAUUACAAAUAUUCCUUUGUUUGUGAUAACCUUUAUUUUGUCAGGGCAUGAAUUUCAUAUCGAGUUUCUGUUAUGUAGAUGAUUUUUUUCACAUGUAGUAGAGCCUCACCCACAUAAGUUUGGCCCCAUGCAGGAAACAAGUUAGUUGAUUGGUUUUGCUUUAUAUACUGUGAUUUAAUAAAGAAAAUAUCAACGUAAGCCAGUCCGAGCAGUGUUGGUGGUACCAAUGCCAUGCUUUCCAUUGGUUCCUGUUUACAUGAUGCCCACAGGACACGCUGUGAUUGGUGGCGCUUCACACGUGACCAGGCAACUUUGUACAUUUGACAGGGAGUAGGAGGGUUUUGUGGAGAUCAGAAAAACGACAGCGCGAUAAAAAUUAGUAUUGUUGCACUUCACAAAUUAAUGACCAUGAGUUCCUACUUGAUAAACUCCAACUAUAUCGAGCCUUCUUUUCCUCCAUGCGACGAAUAUCAGCAGAGCGGAUACAUCCCCAACCCUGGUGAUUACUACGAGCGGCCAAAAGAUACGGGCUUCCCCCAUCACGACGAGGCAUCCUAUCCGAGGUCAAACUAUACUGAAUCGGGCUACGAUUACGGUAACGUUCCCGCCACCGGACUCGAUGAUUUCGGCGAGGGGCAUCACGCACAGCCGCAACCGGUUCCACAGAGCCACGGUCCUCGCCUCAACGCGGCCCCAGACGGUGGCGCAGGGGCAAAUGCCAGCAAAGACUGCAGCCUCGCCAGUGAGGUAUAUCCCGGCGUAGCGAAGGGGAAGGAGCCGGUGGUUUAUCCUUGGAUGAAAAAGGUCCACGUUAACAACGUCAAUCCCAAUUACACUGGAGGAAUGCCCAAGAGGUCCCGUACUGCCUACACCCGCCAGCAGGCUCUAGAGUUGGAGAAGGAGUUCCACUUCAACCGGUACCUGACCCGGCGCAGACGGGUCGAGAUUGCGCACACCAUGUGUUUGUCCGAGCGCCAGGUCAAGAUCUGGUUUCAGAACCGGAGGAUGAAGUGGAAGAAGGAGCACAAGCUUCCCAACACCAAGAUUCGCUCCUCCAGCUCGGCGUCGUCCUCAGCCUCGGGGGCCCAGCAACAGCAGAUCAAAACAGGCCAGCAGCUUGUCCCCACGCCUUGCACCGCAGGUCUAUAGUGCCUGAAUAAACUCCAUCCCACAAAACCCCAAUCCAGACUGAGAUGGCAAAUAUCACAAGUGGAAUUUGAUGGACCGAUACUCAGUAUUUUACACACAUGGUGUUCUCUCUUUCACCUUGCCUCUGCCAUUGGGCCCCUGUCACGUCCUUUGUACCCUUUUCCCUCUCCGGUCGUUCUCGCCCUCUUCAUAUAAGCUUGAAAUUCACCUUUAUUUGCCACGGUGGCAACUGAAGUGUUUAUAUAUUUGUUUAUUAUUAUGAAAGAAGGAUAACAUACAUGCAAAGGCAGGACUUGGAUCAAAAUAUAUCAUUACAGUUUAAAUUGAAUGAGGUAAAAGUAAGCUUGAACUCAUUCUUUUAUGGUCUUUGAGUAUUUUUUUUUAUUUUUUUAUUGAUCAUGAAAAGCUCUAAUAUACUUGAAAAGGAUAUUUAGUGAGACUCUAGAUGCCUGUUAGAAAAUCAAACGGCUGUUUUAGAGGUAAGGCAUCCGUCAGAGUAACAGUGUAGUUUGUGUGUUUGAGUGGGUUGGUUUACUGUUGAAUGUAGUCCAGGUGACUUUUACAUUUAAUGUACAUAGGCAAUUCAUAAUGAAGGCACAAUAAGGAAAGCAUUACGUCAAGUAGAAUUCUGUUUGUUAGUGUUGUAAGGUCUAGGCUUAUUUGUGCUAGUCCGUCCCAUGUUGUGCUGUGUUCUAAACUGUGAAUAUUUGUAUGUGUUUUGUCUCAGUAUUGACCUUUGUGAUGUAGGCUAGUGUAGGCUCAAACUGUCUUUGUGAAAUAAAUAUGUGCUUCACUUAAAUAGGUUGACUUGGCUUUGGAUAUUUUGUCAUCGCAAAUCCUGAUUUGAUUUUCUGAAGCAAGCGCGUAUUAACUAUG